AUGGUUGGACUACUAUCCAUUUGGUAUCUUCCCGUCAUACUAGGGGCCUAUGUUCUGGCUAGGACGGUGUAUCGCUUGUAUUUUCACCCCUUGUCAGGAUUUCCUGGCCCGAAACUGACCGCUAUCACGCAUCUGUACGAAUUUUAUUACAAUGUUGUAUGCCCUGGAAAGUUCCUAUUCAAGAUCGAACAGAUGCAUCAGCAAUAUGGUAAAACCUGCUUCACUAGACCCAUUGUUCGCAUCAAUCCUCGGGAAGUGCAUGUCAGCGACCCGGCGUUCUAUGACGAGAUAUAUGCGUCUAGCAGUCGUAAACGAGAUAAGGACGCCAGGUUUGUUCCUACGUAUGGGGUUCCAGACACAAAUGCUCUCCACUGUAGCCCACGAUCACCACCGUUUUCGACCCUAUCCGAAGUUAUCAAUGAGCGGACACAGAGGCUUAUGUCUCGCUUUGAGGCAUCAGAAAAACACGGAACAGUGCUUUGCCUGGAUGAUGCCUUCGCAGCCUUAACAUCGGAUAUAAUAACGUCCUAUUGUUGCGGCAAGCAUUGGCGAUUUCUCGAAGACCAUUACUUUCGCAACGACAUUCGUCGCGCAGCAGAAGACAGCCUAAAGUUUGCUCAUAUUAGCCGUUUCUUUCCUACGAGCGCAGACAAAGAAUUCAGUCUGAACACCCUAGCAUUUGCGUGGGAGUGGGGUAUAAAGUGGCGGAUCUUUCGGACUAAAUUCUUCACACAUAAAGACCCCUUUUCUGCAAUAUUGACGCGGGAAACGCGUCUGAUGGGAAGUGGAAAAGUGGAGAAAACUCCAACCGUCACCAACUUUUGGACGAUUUGGGCGAGGCGGCAUUGGUGCAGUAGGAUCAUUCGACUCUCUUUACUGGACAAGUCCAUUAUUUUUGGUGGAGUUACAAACGAUCGAACAGAGACAGUUUGUUUGAGGGGCGGAGUGUCCAGCUCACUGGUGUGUCCAGCUCGCUGGUGGAGUACGUUAUUGAUUGGUGCGUUUUUGGGCCAGGAUAUUCAACUCUUCCCUUGUCGCGAAAAUUAA